GAGAGAGAGAGAGAGAAGGCGAGAAGGGAAAAGCAGUGGGGCAGGUUUGCUCCCGAGCUCCCCUCGGGAGGCAUUUCUUUUUGAGCCGGGAACCAGAAAGGAGGAGACACAAGCGUUGCGUGCAGCGAGCUCUUCCUUCCCAAACGGCUCCCUUCCCCAAUCCAGCUGCGGAGGGAAUAAGGCUCUGUCGCUCCGUUUGGCGAGAGCAGCAGAAGCAGGCCCCUCCCCUUCCCAUUGACACACGCUCUCUCUCUUUCUCUCUCUCCCCCUCGAUCUUAACUUCUAGUCUUCGGCAGCCAAUCAUAUCGAUCCCGCUGCCUCUCUCUCUCUUUCUCUCUGCUCUUGUCAAUGGGGGUGGGCUAUCGACCAGGAGGCUCCCAGGCUCCAAGUCUGCGUCGGCGGGCAAGUGCGUGCCGCCCCGUCUCUGCCCUUCCUUAGUAGUCCCCGUGUGCCUCGCUUCGGACCCUCACAGGUUACAAACUCCCCCCGUCAAAGGGUGACCAAGCUGGCGGCGCCGUGGAAGUUUCUCUUCACUACCUGAAGCGAGCGGGGCGGCGAGAGGGAGGCAAGCAGCCCUUCCAGCCCGGAAGAGAAGGAAGAGAUCGGGAAAGAGAGGAGACACAUCCCCCCUUGGCUCUUCCCGGGAGGCAACCCCUGCCAUUGGCCAUGAAGAGGAAACAGAAGCGCUUUCUGCAGAUGACGUUGCUGUUCGUGGUGACUCUGGUUUUCCUGCCCAACGUCGGACUCUGGUCUCUCUACAGGGAGAAGCACCUGGUGAAGUCCACCAUGCUGGGAGAGCAGCAGACAUUCCCAAUGGGGUUCGGAGAUGGACAGCUGUAUCCCUGGACAGAUGGCUUGAGAAGAAAGGACUGGCAUGAUUAUGAAAGUAUUCAGAAAGAUGCCAUGCGUUCAGGGAAAGGUGAACAAGGAAAGCCAUAUCCGCUCACAGAAGAAGACAACGAUGAUUCUGCUUAUCGGGAAAAUGGGUUCAAUAUUUUUGUGAGCAACAAUAUAGCCUUGGAGCGAUCACUGCCAGAUAUCCGCCAUCCUAACUGUAAGCACAAAGUCUAUUUGGAGAAGCUUCCAAACACUAGUAUAAUUAUCCCAUUUCAUAAUGAAGGCUGGACUUCACUCUUGCGGACCAUACACAGCAUUAUCAACAGGACUCCCAACAGCCUGAUAGCAGAAAUCAUUCUUGUGGAUGACUUUAGUGACAGAGAACACUUGAAAGAGAAGCUGGAAGAAUAUAUGGCCCGUUUUGUCAAAGUGAGAAUUGUGCGCACCAAGAAGCGAGAAGGGCUCAUUCGCACCAGACUCCUUGGAGCCUCGAUAGCUAAAGGCGAAGUCUUGACUUUCCUGGAUUCCCACUGUGAAGUCAAUGUGAACUGGCUGCCUCCAUUACUUAACCAGAUUGCGUUAAACCAUAAAACCAUUGUGUGCCCCAUGAUCGAUGUCAUUGACCACAAUCACUUUGGGUAUGAGGCACAAGCGGGGGAUGCCAUGCGUGGAGCCUUCGACUGGGAGAUGUACUACAAAAGAAUACCAAUUCCUCCAGAGCUCCAGAGGACUGAUCCCAGUGACCCCUUUGAAUCUCCUGUUAUGGCUGGAGGCUUAUUCGCUGUUAACAGAAAGUGGUUUUGGGAUCUCGGUGGCUAUGAUCCAGGUUUAGAAAUCUGGGGAGGGGAGCAGUAUGAAAUUUCCUUCAAGGUCUGGAUGUGUGGAGGUGGCAUGUUUGAUGUUCCAUGUUCAAGAGUUGGCCACAUCUACAGAAAAUAUGUUCCUUACAAAGUCCCAUCUGGAACUAGCCUAGCAAGAAACCUGAAGCGUGUGGCUGAAACGUGGAUGGAUGAGUUCGCAGAGUACGUUUACCAGAGGCGGCCGGAGUACAGGCAUCUCUCCACCGGUGAUCUUUCAGCCCAGAAGGAGCUUCGCAAGCACCUUAAGUGCAAGGACUUCAAGUGGUUCAUGGCUGCAGUGGCUUGGGAUGUCCCCAAAUAUUUCCCUCCGGUGGAGCCCCUACCUGCUUCCUGGGGAGAGAUUCGAAACGUGGCAGCCAAUCUCUGCGUGGACAGUAAACAUGGAGGCACAGGCACUGAACUCAGGCUCGAUAUAUGUGUGAAGGAUGGCUCUGAAAGAACAUGGUCACAUGAGCAGCUCUUCACUUUUGGUUGGAGGGAAGACAUCCGGCCAGGAGAACCUCUUCACACCAGAAAAUUCUGCUUUGAUGCUGUGUCGCAUAGUAGUCCUGUCACACUUUAUGACUGCCAUGGUAUGAAGGGCAAUCAGCACUGGAGCUAUAGGAAGGACAAAACUUUGUUCCAUCCGGUGAGCAGCAGCUGCAUUGAUUGCAACCCGGCAGAGAAGAAGAUUUUCAUGAACAGAUGUGAUCCUUUAUCUGAAACUCAACAGUGGAUUUUUGAGCAUAUUAAUAUGACUGUUUUAGAAAAAUUUAACAGCAAGAAAAACAGCUCUUAGGGAGAAGAAAACAGACUGUUCUGUACAGAUUGCAACCAACAUUUUGGCCAGCAUCUGGGUCAAAAAGAGUCAGAAGUUUCCGAAAGCCAGGAAAUUUGUUCUGAAGAUUAAGUAAAUGCCAAGGAAGAAGCCAAAUGGGCUGUCAUUGCAGAUGGACCAUAUCUGAAGAACUUGGCUAAGAACCUCGCCAGCUGCUGCUGAGGCCUUCUAGCUGACAAUUUCCCUUGCUGGUCAAGGGGAAACUUUAUUUAAAAAAGAAAUGUUUCCAAACACUCUGUGUUAAUAAAGUUAAACAAAGUUUUAGAGUUUCUCAGGUCAAACCCUGCUAUAGUGAGUAGCUGCUAUGAAUAGUUGCUGUUACUUAUGGGGGAUAUAAGGAGUGCAUCAGCGCUAUCGGAAUCGUCAUCCGCCACAGGUAUAGAACUAGCAACAUUUAUGGGAUGCCAUUGCAAUCCCAGAAUUGUGAAGAAGAGGUGCCAUUUCAUUCCCUUGAUGGAAGUUAGGUUCAGGACAGUUCUUUGAAUAAAGGGUCAUAAGAGAUCAUGUUAGGAAACCUCCCUACUCCGUUCCCGUCGCUGAUCAAAUGGGAAUGGUUGGGGUGGGGGGGGAAAUGUAAGAGUUAUUUUAGAGUUACAUUUUGAAUGAAGCAUGAAAAUGACUGUAAGGCAUCACACUCGUAUUUUUCUUCUGCAGUUGAAGAAACAAUAAUUCCCAUCAAAGUGAUUAAAUAAAAUGUCCAUUCCAUGUUGAAGUGCUACCGAGCAACCAUCCAUAGUCAUUCAUAUCUAUCCAACCAUCCUUGGAGGAAUGGGCCAAAAAGAACCUGACUCAAUGGCUACAUCCUUAUUCAUCAGUAACAAGGGAAUAUGUUAUUUAUAAAAGCAGCACAAUGCAAGAUUUGCAGAAAGGAUUUCCUCUCGGAAGUCUACAUUUCUUUCCUGGCACCUUUUAUUAAAAGACUUAUAAGUAGAUUUAGAUCAAUACAUUCAGCAACAGAAGAGAUAUAAUGAGUCUGACAAGAUGGGCUUAUGGCCAACGAAGGAUGGGGAUGCUGCUCUGAGCUAAAGGAGGCUGGCACUAUCAGCAUUAACCAGGAGCUGCAGGGAUGGUAACAAAAGGCAAAAUAUGCAGCAAAUGUUCAGGAGUUUCUAUGACAUUAGCUGGGCAUUCUGUAGAGUAGGAACUGAAAUGGUAAACCACUGCUGAAAGUUUCGGUAGUGUUAUAAAGGCCAAAAAAGGGGGGUUAACAUAUAACUGUCUUCAACUUUUCUGUAUUCAGGUUGUGCACAUCCUAACUGCACUCUUCCGGUCUUUUCCAAUGAUUGUUUAAAGGUAAUUCUUUCCUCAAACCAGCCUAUUUUCCAGAACUAUGUUUUAUAAUCAGUAGAAUCCCAUGGUGCAUUUCCUGCUGGACUAUAUCAUUGUAACCUAUUGGUGAGGAAGCAUGAUGCUUGAAUACGCCCUGAUAUCAGUGCAAAGUUAGACCAGGAGAUAGAAGGAAUGAAACCUACACUUUUGGGGUUGAUGUUCAUUUUGUUUCCUAUCCAGGGAACAUUUUAUGUUUGUAAGAAUUCAUAUCUACAGUCUCAAUAAUGAAGAAUGAUUAUAUCAAAUCA